CUGGGCUUACGCCAUCCUAAGAUUUUACCAUGCGAAUCAUCGCAUCUGAAUUGUCGUUUAUCGGCUUUCUCUGCUUGGUCGCCAGUUAUGGUGCCCUCCACAUUCAUAACCUUCAACCUCGAUCAAUGAUUUUUGAAGGUGCUGAAAGUAUCUCGGGGACUGCUAAAGCACACGAGGUCGCUCACGAACAACGGGUUCAACAUAUGGGAACCGGCGUCAGUUCCGCCUCCACGGAAAUUGGCGGGCAUUCGUCUUCGUCAACUCUUACACAGGACUCCAAAGAGCUCAUGAAUUCUGACCACGCGAAGCCAGUAACUACCUCACCCAUCAAAGAAGGCAAAUGGCAGAAAACAGUCACAAGAGUCAAAUCAAAGCUAAUUGUCAUGAAAAAAUCUUUCCGGCGGUACAUGAGUAUUCUGCGUAGUACCAAGUCGAUUUUCAAGAUCCUGAUGAGAAGACCUAAUCUCAAGGUUAAUGCACAGAUAGUCAAAUUUGAGGAUACAAGAGACUCUCUCGCAAAAGUCCUUGUUUCGCCCGGGCUGGAUCGAAGCCCUGAUAAGCCACUCAAUGUAGAAAACUUGGCUAAGAGUCUUACUAGGGAAUUCCCGAUACUUCCUGAAAUUUCGCAAGAAGCCUCGACAACAUCUUUCUAUGCAGAAUACCUUGAAAACCUCAAAAGAUACCAGCUCAUUGUGAGCGAAAAUGGAGGUGUCAGGAGCACUUGGAUUGCCAAGAUACCCUCUGAGGAAGCCGCGGGAACCAAAGAAGCUGUGACAGAAGUAUCCGAUCUCCUGCAAGUCCACCCUCACCUUGUGGACGAGUUCCAGGGGGAGCACAAACAAGUCGUUAGUGGGAUCGCCAAUUUCGACCAAUUGAAACUUUCUGAGGAAGACAUACGACAGCACUUCGCAAUUGACUUAGUGAUGGAAGAGGCCCAAAAUUCCAUCAAAAAUAACGAUUUUAUCAAGGCUCGGGCGGUACAGUUAAAGAAAAUGACCCCAGGAGACCUGGAGGUCUUGGACAUGCCGCACAUCUUUCAACAUUUGCCUGCGGAUCUAGACUUCAAGACAGAGUUAUUCCGUUAUUCGAUGAUAGAAAGAUUUGAAAGUCUGUUGAAAGACAUCCGCCCAACAGUGACCCGGAACCUUGAGAAUAGAGCCCAAGCUGAAAUCUCCGAUGUUCUCAAAAAGUCUUCGAUGCCGGAUACCGGGAGUGAAUCUAUCUUCAAGAUAGCGGCCAAAGAAGAUGAUGCAUGGCGCGAUAACGCUUUCGCAAAGCUCUAUGAGAUUCCCAUGAGCCCGUCUGAGGUGUUUCAAAAGCUCAACAAGCCGCCGACGCCGCAAGAAAUAAAUCAACACGUCAUCAAUAAACAACUUCCAUCGCUUCAGUUUCUUACGCCAGAGGGGAGAGAAAACCUUCGGUAUACCGUCAGUUCUAAAUCGUUCAACAAACACCUAUCCACCUUAGAAACACUCGUGAAAAAAUCUACUGAUCUCGACAAGGAAAAGAUUUUACCAACGUUAAAACAAAUGAGAUACGAAGCUGCCCAAUCGCACUCGGUGAACCUACCACUGGUUGACAAGCUCCUUGAUAAAGGGAUCAUCGAUCAAGCACAGCGAGAACUAUUAAUUUCGAAGGCCCAAUCCCCAAAAGAAUUUGCGGCAGCUCUCGGAACAGAGGAAGAUUUUACGAAAAAAUUGAAGGGAAAGUUUGAGGGCGACUUAGCCAAUCAUCUUCAAUCGAUGGAUCAAGUGACAAAGGAGAAGACUUUGAUCAAGACAGCCCGUGGAGUCGCUCAGUCCCGCCUAAAUCAACUCGACCAAGAUGCCAAAGCCACUUAUCUAACGACCGAUGCAUUUGAAAAGCCGAAUUCAUUCCGAUUCAACGACGCUUUAAAGGCCUACGAUGAAGCUGGAAGCAAAUUUAUACAGCAGCCCGCGGAUUCCAAAACUCUCGCAAGGGCCUACAUAGACGCGUCCUUUUCUACCCGGCCUGUCGAUCCAGCUGCUGAGAAAUACUUGGGAACAGUUGCUAUCAAGGAUGAGUUGAGGAUGAAUCUGGAUCAAAAACUUUACGAGAUGGAGAACAUGUUCUAUGAACACAUGCCCAAAAUGGGAGAUUUCUUUGAAAAUAUCUUGAAAGAUAAUAGAAAGCCUGGAACCCCUUACCUCACCUCGGGAGAUCUUUCAUCCAAACAGGUCAAAGUUCCUUAUGGUAAUGUUAACUCAGGAUAUUUAAUCGGCGAAGUCCUUGGUAGCAAGUCACUUCCAAAAGACGUUAAAUAA